AUUCGGUUUGUAUGAGAAAUGAAAGUCCAAGUUUUGCUGACCGGAAAUAGAUGGGUUUAGGAUCGUCAAGAAAUCGGGUUCUUUUACGUGCGACCAUAAGUCGGAAAGUAGAAAAUGGCCAAGUCUAAGGAAAAGAAGGGAAAAAGUGCUAUCAGCGAGGUUGUUACUCGCGAAUACACCGUGAAUCUUCACAAACGCCUUCAUGGGGUCGGUUUUAAGAAACGGGCACCGAGGGCUAUCAAAGAGAUCCGCAAGUUUGCGGAAAAACAGAUGGGAACCCCGGACGUAAGGAUUGACACACGUCUCAACAAACAACUUUGGUCCAAAGGAAUCAGGAAUGUACCAUUCAGAGUUCGUGUGAGACUCAGCAGGAGAAGGAACGACGACGAAGACUCGGCUAACAAACUGUAUACCCUUGUUACGUACAUACCAGUUGCUACUUUCAAAGGAUUACAGACAGAAAAUGUCGAUGCCAGUCAAGAUUGAUUUAUUUCUAAUUAAUAAAUAGGUUUCUCUAUAUUUCCUCCUG